AUGCUGGAGUCCUAUGUAACUCCUAUUCUGAUGAGUUAUGUGAAUCGCUACAUAAAGAAUCUGAAGCCUUCAGAUCUGCAGUUGUCACUCUGGGGAGGAGAUGUCGUGCUUAGUAAACUUGAGUUAAAGCUAGAUGUACUUGAACAGGAGCUGAAACUACCAUUUACCUUUUUAAGCGGGCAUAUUCAUGAACUUCGGAUUCAUGUGCCAUGGACAAAAUUGGGGUCAGAACCAGUUGUCAUCACCAUCAAUACGAUGGAGUGCAUCUUGAAAUUAAAGGAUGGAGCUCAGGAAGACCAUGAAAGUUGUGGUUCCAGUUCAACAAACCGCAGCACCACGGAAAGCAUGAAAUCAGCAGUAAAACCACGACGAGUUCAGCAGUCGGCUUCUCCUGACCCUGAUUUACCUCCAGGUUAUGUUCAGAGUUUGAUCAGGCGUGUUGUAAACAAUGUCAAUAUUGUGAUCAACAAUCUAAUAUUAAAGUAUGUGGAGGAUGAUAUUGUUCUCUCAGUGAAUAUUACUUCUGCAGAAUGCUAUACAGUGGAUGAGUUUUGGGAUCGAGCGUUUAUGGACAUCUCUGCCACUGAUCUGGUCCUGAGAAAGAUGAUCAACUUUUCUGACUGCACAGUAUGUCUCGAUAAGAGAAAUGCUAGUGGUAAAAUUGAAUUUUACCAGGAACCUCUGCUGUACAAAUGUUCCUUCAGGACUCGUCUGCAUUUUACUUAUGAUAACCUCAAUUCCAAAAUGCCAUCUAUUAUUAAAAUUCACACAUUAGUUGAAAGUUUGAAACUUUCAAUCUCUGAUCAGCAGCUUCCUAUGUUUAUACGUAUAAUGCAACUUGGAAUUGCUCUUUAUUAUGGGGAGAUAGGCAACUUCAAAGAUGGAGAAAGCGAAGAUUUGAUUAGCCACACUAAAGAUAUGUUGGGAAAUAUCACAGGUGCAGAAGAUGAAACAAACUCAGUAAUGCAAUAUUCUGCACAGUAUAUUAAUCAAGAUCCUUACUUGCAUCAAGAUGAUGACCAGCAACAAGGAUGGGUUUCUUGGGCUUGGUCUUUUGUUCCUGCUAUUGUGAGUUAUGAUGAUGAAGAGAAUGAUUCUGGUGGAAUUGAUGAUGGAACAAUGCUACAUCGGCAGAAAUCUCAGUCCCUCAAGGAUCCUAUUGUUUCGGUUGGGUUUUAUUGUACAAAGGCAACAGUAACUUUUAAGCUCACUGAAAUGCAAGCUGAAAGUAGUUAUUACAGCCCUCAGAAAGUUAAAUCCAAAGAAGUUUUAUGCUGGGAACAAGAAGGAACCACAGUUGAGGUCCUUAUGAAAGGUGAACUUUUCUUUGAUUGCCAAAUAGGUUUUGUUGGUUGCCAAGCUAUGUGCCUUAAAGGAAUUAUGGGAAUUAAAGAUUUUGAGGAGAACAUGAAUAGGAGUGAUGAAGAGGCCUACUUCUUUAAUUGUGGAGAAAACUUGAGUGCAAAAGGGAUGACGUACCUUACCAACUCACUAUUUGAUUACAGAAGUCCAGAAAAUAAUAGUAUUCGUGCAGAAUUUAUAUUGGAUGCUGCUCAUCAUAAGGAGACGUACACAGAGAUAGCUGGAAUGCAGAGGUUUGGGGCUUUCUACAUGGAUUACUUGUACACAAUGGAAAGCACCAGUUGCAAAGUUCCUGGGAAUCAGCAAGACCUUUCUUCAGUAAAGAGUGAAGAUUUUGGAAAUAUUCAGGAGAUGUCUACAAAAAGCCUCAUUGUGGGCCCACUCAGUCUUCGACUUGAUAGCAGUGCAGUACACCGGAUAAUGAAAAUGAUAGUUUGUGCUCUGGAACAUGAAUAUGAGCCAUACAGCAGAACUAAGCCAGAUAUUGUGGAUGGAAAUAGAACUAUGCCAAGUUCAGAAGAAGUAGCAUCAUUGGAGGAAUACAUUCCCACUCGACUUACAACAUUCACUAUUCUUAAGUGUACAAUUAUAAUCCCUGUGGCAGAAUUCAAUUUACUGGACCACUUGAUGCCAAUAAUCAUGGGUGAGAAGUGUGUAAGUGGCCAGUUAAAUGCUGCAAGCUUCCAGCCCCUGCGGCCUUUACCUUCCAUCCGAAUUUUGGUGGAUAAGGUUAACCUGGAGCACUCGGUGCCGAUGUAUGCUGAGCAAUUGGUGCACAAAGUCAGCAGCCUCGGCCAGCCGUCUGACAACCUGCUUCAUUAUUGUUACUCACACUGCUAUCUGAAGAUAUUUGGUUUUCAAGCAGCACUGACUUCUUUGGACAGUAAAGGAUUGUACUGCAUCCCUGUUCCAGUUAUCCCCUCAUUCAGUACUGCGGUUUAUGGCAAGCUGAUCAAAUUUCCCAAAUAUUGGACCAAGCGAGCUCAUGUCCCACUAGCAGAAUGCAUAUUUGAACUUCCUAAUUUGACCGUUCAGGCAACAAGAGCUCAAACCCUUCUGCUUCAAACUAUUUAUCAGAGCUGGUGUCACCCUGUUGGAAAUGUCAGUUCAGUGGUGGUAAAUGAAGCUUUACUAAGUGAGGUUUUCCAAACUUCAG